CUCUGUACUUGGCCAAGUACAUAUGUACCUAGGUACAUACAUGUGUACAUGCAGUAUGUACUUGGCUGGGUAGUGCUGCCUCAGGCUCGGUAGGCUGACAUUUGGCGCUUUCUGUCCCGCGACGCCCGUUUCAGACCCCGGCAGUACCCUACCUCAAACACCACACCACCACCAUCAAUACCACCACCCACCCUCCCACGCACUUUGUUCCAUCUCUUUUUUCCACCCAUCCGCACCUCCGCCGUCAGUCACUCAUGUCACUCGUCUCUGGCCCUGGUCGCGCCAUGGCCACCAUGCCAUCCGAGAUCCAUCUCUAUGUUGAGAAGCACGUGAGCUAUAUUCAGAGCCUCGACAGCCGCAAGCAUGAGCUCGAAUACUGGCUCACCGAGCACCUCCGCCUCAACGGCCUGUACUGGGGAUUGACCGCUUUGCAUCUCCUAGGUCAUCCACAUGCUUUGCCACGCGCCCAAGUCCUGGAAUUCGUCUUUUCUUGCCUGCAUGGCAACGGCGGCUUUGGUGCCGCUCCCGGCCACGAUCCACACAUGCUGUACACCGUCAGUGCUGUACAGAUCCUGGCAACUCUGGAUGCUUUCAGUGACCUCGAUGCUCAUACCAACCAUGGCUGUGAGAAGGUGGCUCAGUACAUUGCCAACCUCCAAGACGCCGACUCCGGCACGUUUUCGGGCGAUGAAUGGGGGGAGAAGGAUACUCGCUUUCUGUACGGCGCACUAAAUGCCCUGUCGCUCAUGGGGUUUAUGCAUCUGGUCAAUGUCGACAAGGCUGUCCAGCACGUACAUUCCUGUGCUAAUUUUGACGGUGCAUAUGGCACCAGCCCCGGUGCUGAAUCCCACUCGGGCCAGGUCUUCACCUGUCUAGGUGCUCUUACUAUUGCGGGGAGACUUGACCUCGUUGACCAGGAUAAGCUAGGGGCCUGGCUCAGCGAGCGCCAACUCAAGAGUGGAGGCUUGAAUGGGAGACCCGAGAAGACCGAGGAUGUUUGCUAUAGCUGGUGGGUCAUGAGUAGUCUAGCUAUGCUAGACAGAUUACACUGGAUAGAUGGCGAAAAACUUUCAUCCUUCAUCCUCCAGUGCCAGGACCCUGACCACGGCGGCCUUGCAGACAGUCCGGGCAACAUGGUGGAUGUUUUCCAUACCGUCUUCGGGCUUGCUGGACUUAGUUUGCUGAAAUAUCCAAGUCUUGUAGAGGUUGACCCCGUAUACCGUGAUAGAUGGCUGGUGGUGGUGGUGGCCGCGUCUGAGCCAGGCCAUCCCACGUGGCUCAACUGGGUAAAGUGGCACCUACGUGAACUCACCUUCUGUCCAUUGUGCAAUUCUUUCCUCUCGUUUCCUCUCCAUCUAGCAAUUGGUCCUGUCUAUUCCUGCUGCAGACUUCCCUUUCUUCCUCGUCAUCAAUGCUGUGGUUGCCGUGACUCGGCGGUCCGCCGAGCACUCUUCCACCCUUCUCCUCACCUUCUUCGUUUCCAGUGCGCUCCUUUCACCUCUCACUUUUCCUUCUUCCGACGUGCUGCAGGGACAGCUCUUCACCCACAUAAGCCGACUGCAUUGCACUGCACUGGAUUGCACUGGGUUGCACGGCACUGCCAACCACGCUUCACCGCCAUCAUGGCAGCCAUUCCCCUCAUAUGCACAAUCUGUCCCAAGAAGCCCAACUUCAGCGAUGUGUCUCACCUUCUUACGCAUAUCGCCAGCAAAGGGCACCUGUCCAAUUACUACAAACUCAAGGUCCGUUCGUCAAACGAAGAUGCCUCCCGCCGCUCGAUCGAAGCCUACGAUCGUUGGUACAGCGAGUGGAAUGUCGAAGAGCUUAUGUCGGAUCGGAUGGUACAAAAAGAUAAACGCCGCUCUCGGGGAAAGCCUGCUGGUGCUGCCACGGGGCGGGCCGCACCGACUCCUCAGCCCAAGAUUGAAGCCCCAGUUCCUCGCCAAUCGCGAUCUCGUGCCUCCGGCAACCUGCUUGAUCCUCGUCUCUACGAGCAGCAAAUGAUGAUCAAGGUCGAGAACUCCACGCCCGUCUCCACUCCGAGAGCUCUCCUCCGGCACCGUCCAUUUGUUCCCUACAUGCAGUACUGGGCUUCCGAGUCUCGCGCAAGCUCCCGCACCGGCAGUUAUACCAACCCGGACUACGACACGUCUAGCGAGUACUCGGAUCCGAGUGAGCGAAGACGCUACCAGUAUCCUGCCGAUAAUUCCUGUGCAAUUGAGGACGACAACGCCGACACACCCUUGCCAGUGCCUGUGCCUGACCCAAUGGCAGUAAGCGAGAGUACCAAAUUAAAGGGUGUCUACUGGCCAGGCAUGGAUAUCUUCGACUCUGCUACGCCCGAGAUGCGGCGUAAACGCAACCAGAAGAAAGAUAGUUCUGUUGUCGAACAGCUGGAGCUGAACUCACAGGAGGUUGAAGCAACUGAACUCAUAUUCACUCCGCAAGGUUCUUUCAAAAGACAACGCAGAAUCUCCAGCUCCGACCUGGAUGAUGAAGAUGAUAUUCCGGUCAAGACGGAAAGCCCGAAGUCCUUGCCACCACGGGCACCCUUGGCCGACCUGGACGUGAACACCCUUUCCCGCGGUCAGCAGCUUCCGCGCUCGCAGUUUUCGUACUCGUUCCACAACGGAUACGAAACUGAGCACCGGGGCCUUGGCUCCAGUUAUACACAUGCAGAACAAGCACAAAAGCGCAAACGAUCAUUCGAUGUUUUUCAGGAGGAGGAGGAGGAGGUCUCUUUCACCCAGCCUGCGACAUUCAACUACCUUACGGCGGCCCUCCACCAGCAAGCGUCCCCAACACUAGCCCCUAUGCUUCCUAAUCACAAAGCUUACGGCAACUCCUUUCAUGCUGAUAAUAAGGAGAACACUCUGCCAAUGCCUCACCAAUCGAAUUACGAGCACAUCUACCCAUGUGCAGCUCCAAGCUACCAUUACCACGCAUAUAGCUAUGGUCUUGACCAGGAUCUCAAUACGUUCUCAUAUCACAAUCCCGUCUACAAUUACAAUGCCUACCAGCAACAGAGUAUCCAGGAGGAUGACCAACGCACGAUUACCGCUCCGCCAUCCCCUUCCACUACGUAGAUGGGGGUGACGCGAUUUUCUGUAUCCUACCGUGCAAUAGUGUUGCCUGAAGAACUACAAUCACAAGGCCAUUAUUUGCUAAAAACGCCAGUGACAUUCGCGGACCCUUCUGUCUAUGUCCUACCAUUCCAUUGUGCAAGACGGUUUGACCUUCUUGGAGAUGGGCUAGGACGCCAUCGCACACAUCUUAGCGUUUCACGGCAUAUGCUCUUGUUUCCCGGAUGCAUGCAAAAGCAGAGAGAGUGGGCUGAAUUAUGAUCGGAUAACCUCUGAGUUGAACUCUGCCGCAGAGGCAUCUGUUUUAUUAGCUCCAAGCCAUACAUUCGGAUGCACUGCCAGUGCCUGGAAAUGUGGUCAUGGCUCAACUUACUUCUUUCAUUUCUCAUUCCGGUUCUCUUCAAGUACCUGGUUGGUCUUCCUUUUCAUCUUUCUGAUUGCUCUCCACCUUCAUCCUUUAUUUUGGUUGCGAUUCGAGUGGUGGGUUCAUGUUUCAUGGCUAUUGUUGGGGGCAUUGAGAUAUAGCUGGGUAUGUACUAUGGCCGUAACCCCGAAGGCAGGAGGCUGGGAUGCGGGCCCCCAUGUACCUAUAUCGGUGCGGGGUACAACUUGCUUCAUAU